UGUCAAAGGUCAGGGGGAAAAUGGCGACGGAUUUGAUGUUUUGGGUUUCCUUUGCACAUUUUUUAAUAGAUUUGGUAGAAGGCUAUUACUGUGACAGUGAACGAUGUCUAGAGAAUGAGUACUGUUGUGGAGAUAAUAUAUGCUGUGUGUCAUAUACAGUUUGGGAACUGUGGUAUUUCUGGUGUGGAAUAAUUUUCUUCCUGGUACUGCUAUCAAUGUGUAUAUGUUUAUGGAAGACAAGAUACAGAGACAGUAGAAUCUUCAUCGGUACAUCUCAACCUAUUUACAGUCCAUUGUCAAACAAACAGCCAUCUCUGGCACAUGGUGAAAGAUAUAGAGAUGAUUAUACAGAAGGGGAGUAUUACAGAACACCACCUCCAUCUGGUGUCUAUGGUUACAAAACAACAGUCCCUCCUACUUAUGAUGAUGUCGUCAACAAUUACAAAGAAGAUCACAAGAAAUAGCCUACCAAUGUUGAAAGAGGGCAAAAGUGCAAUUGAAAACUUUGACGAUAUCUGAUGCUUAGAUAUCUAUCUGAAUGACUUAUAUAUAUCUCAGGUCAAAGGUCACAGACAUGCAAAUGUUUUAUUUUUUGUCUCAAAUAUCUAUACAAAACUGGUACACAUCCAUGUUAAAUUAUGUGUUAUAUGAAUUGAAAUUUGAGGUAAUGAAUAUUUUGUUUUUAUUACAUUUGUUGUACAAAUCCUAUUAAAUGGAGUCUCUCUUUGUGAUAAUGCUGCCCGAUAGAAGUUUCCCAUCAUUGUCUGAAUUCUAACAAUCAGAAGAAGCAAUGCACAACACUAUUUAGUUAAGAGAAACAUUUCUGGAGAAUUAAUUUUUAUGCCCCACCUAUGAUAGUAGUAGGGGCAUUAUGUUUUCUGGUCUGUGGGUAUGUCCGUCCGUCUGUCCCGCUUCAUGUUAAAGUUUUUGGUCAAGGUAGUUUUUGAUGAAGUUGAAGUCCAAUCAACUUGAAACUUAGUACACAUGUUCCCUAUGAUAUGAUCUUUAUAAUUUUAUUGCCAAAUUAGAGUUUUGACCCCAAUUUCACGGUCCACUGAACAUAGAAAAUGAUAGUGAGUGGGGCAUCUGUGUACUAUGGACACAUUCUUGUUUAAUGACUAGUAUUUCAUUAUAUUCUAAGAAGUAUUAGCAUCAUAAUAUUUUUAAUUCAUAUUAUAAAUUUUCAUUAUGUUAUGAAAUUUGUUUCUAUUAGAAAUUUCUAUGACAUCAUAGUCUGUUAUAGUCCUAUCUUUCAAUGCCUAGCAUUUAAUACACAAUCUAACAAAGUGGUGUUGUUGGAUUGCUGUCACAUUCACACCAUUUCUCUUUGUAUUCAUAUUUAUUUAUGUAAAAUUAUUUGUAAUUGAUGUGGAAUAAUACUAAAAAUAAAAUUAUUUUGAUGGAAGAAACAGUGCAUAUAAAGAAUAGUCAUUGUGUUAAAACAAAUAUACACAUUAGAAAUAUAUGUAGAUUUGUCUAACAAGAGAUUAAACUCCAUUUAUACCUGGUGAAGCUGAAAGAUCUUUAAUGCAUUUUCUUUGUUAGCUUCCAUUUGCAAAAUGUGUUUCCUUGUCAGCAGAUGUUGUUUAAGGACAAAUAAUAAAUAAUCUGAUGUUUCUUCCCAAAAUAAGUUUAUAACAAGUUAAAAUUUGUAAUUCAUGUAUUUAUGACAGUUUAAUAUUUAGAGUUGUUAGGAGAGCUACAAUGUAUGGCAAUAUAAAGUCUUGGAAAUCAGCCUUUCUAGAAGUCAAUUACAAAUAUUUAUUAAAGUGGAAGUCAGUUUAAUGCUUAUUCAAAAGUUUUCUCAUAUCCAAAAAAAAUUACACAGGACAACGUUGAAAUUUUGAUGGCAAGUUGAUUGCUAGAAAGAUAAAUUAUAUCUGCACUAAAAUUAAGAUUUACUUUAUCCAAUAUAAAAUAAAUCAUGUCCUGAAUUUGUAUGAAAUAUUUGUCACUGGACAUUUAGCCCCAAUAAAAACCAUUUCAUUUGUCAUUAUUUUGAUAAUGGAUCAUUGGCUUAUUGUUUUUCCAUUCAAACCAAUGAUAUAGUUGUUAUUAUUUUUGUGUCAUAAAUGUUUUAUCAUGUAUCAUUAUUUCAACAUUACUAUAGAUGUUUGUUUGAAUUGUUUAUCCAUACAAAUUUCAUAUGAAUAUGUAAGAUUUAUACUUUGAAAAAUUUUAAAAUGUAGGUUUUUGUAGAUUUACAUUGUAUUGUGAGUCUGUAAGGAGACGAUAGAAUGAAUGCCUUCCUUAAACCUAAAAUAAUAUUUGCCAUCAACAUUUGUUCGAGAAAAAAACAGUAAUGCCAUCUCAAGUAAACAAAAUUAUCUAUUAAAUAAAAAUCUUAGAUCCACUCUUCAAAACAGUUACUUCAUUUAUUUAAAAUCCUUGUUAUUGUAAGAAAAAUUGCAUGACAUGUUUUUUUGUCUAUAGAAUUGAACUCACUAUUGGUCAUUCACAAUAAUGUGUAUGUCUCAAUAGUCCUUUAGUGAGGGCUAGUAUUUUUUUUAAACAUGUGUAAAUUGGGAAAUUGAUAUGAAUGUUUAUAAAUGUAAGUCUCCCAAAAAUUGAAAACAAUAAUUUAACAGUUAUCAAUAUAUGCAUAAACUGAAUGAAAAUGCAUGUUUAAUAUCAUCAUUAUAAUAGUUCAAUUUUUAUAGCAUUAAUAAAUCACUGUAUUUGUCUUUAAAUUUACAUGUAAAACAUUAAUUUUUUGGGGGAAUUUAUUUCUUGUAAUUAAGGAAAAAAGGCUAAAUGAAAGUGCUCUUUAUGUAAGAAUUUAAAGAAUCCUUAUUCAAUAGUCCCUCUCAUGUAGGAAUGUCCAAUCAGCAGGUAAAGAGGAUUGUACUGUAUUUAUUGUUGAUAAUUUUGUAGUUAAAGAGGACCCUGAUGAGAUGAUAGAAACCAUUUAAUUUAGAGAAAUCUCAUAUGAAUUGAUAGUUUUAUUGACUACUGAAAUGUUGUUGUCCACUUUUAUUGACUACUAAAAUGUUGUUGUCCACUUUUAUUUAACUACUGAAUGUCACGGUCCACAUAUCGUAUAGAUCUGUCCUGUACAUAAUAAUUUCUAUAUAACUUACUUUCCGCGAUGUUUUUUUCUAUUACUUAUUUAAUAAUAUUUCCAGGUAUGAAGGAUAGUAUAUGAAUCCUGUCUAAGUAAGUAACCUAAACAAGUAAAAAGCUGGCACUGCCAACUGAAGCUCCCCAAAGUGCGCACUAAAUUUAUUUUAUUUUCAAGAGUUCAAAAUGCUAUGCUUGAAGGGACAAAUAGAUAGGUCCUGUUGUUGCUAUCAGAAUGACCUGUGUAAAUGUGUAACAAUUCAUAGUGGGAUACCAUCAGGAUACCAAAACAAAAAAUCUUUUCAAGUAAUAGUGAAAUAUUGACAUUUGUCUUAUUGAUCACAAAAUCAAUAGGUGUCUUCCCCUUCCCUGAAUCUUUCAUUUGUAUAAAUGUCAUUUCCAAUCAAGCAUGGGAAACUUGUUACCAUAUUGAAACCUUUUUUUCAAUUUUUUUCUAUAUUAUUAACAGUGACCUUGACUUGACCUGUUGACUCCAAAAUCAAUAGCUGUAUAUGUAUUUAUUUAAAUGAAGCAAAGGUAACUAAAGUUAAAAACCACUUCUCCGCCACCCACCCAAAUAAAAAUUGUAUUUUAGUAACUGACCUUGAGCUUUGAAAAAUUGGCCCCAAGUCCAAGAGGCUUCAUCCCCUUCCCUAUAUCUUCCAUCUUUAUAAGUUUCAUCCCAAUCAAGCAAGGGAUACUCAAGUUGUCAUCUGGAAACCGUUGUUUCAGAUACACGGAAGGAGGAACUACUGGACAAAGCAAAUUACUAUAUACUCCUAAAAUUUUUAUGGGGAGUAUAAUAAAAGUAAUACAAAAGUCUAUCUUAUUGCUGUCAUACAGGUGAACUAUCCUCUGUCAUUAACUUACCUGGUUCAAAACGGCAAUUAUAAUAUUUUCAUUAUUUGGCAAAUAUGUCAUCUAUCCAUAAGUAAACUCAUCAUGUAACAUACUAUACAGUGUUUCUAAUUCAAGUACACAUUAACAGUGUUAACAAGGUUAGAUAUAAUGAUAGGUAACAGUGUUAACAAUGUUAGAUAUAAUGAUAGGUAACAGUGUUAACAAUGUUAGAUAUAUAUAUGAUAGGGAUAUAUUUUGUGGACUAAUUAUGUUUAUCAUGAGGAGACUGUGAUCAUGUUAUUAUUUUUGUCAUAUCUAUUUUAUUACAGAUUGUUAUUUCUUAUUCAUGUGUAUAUUUUCAUGCAGUAAAAAUUAGAUUCUCA